AUGUCUUUCAAGAAAGACUCCCACCCUUCAUCGGCCGCGUUCGACGUGAUCCAACAAACCCUCCAAUCCGAUGAUGCCGAGCGCAAAUCUGCGAUCGAAGGCGCGAAGGCCAUCGUUUCCUUCAAUAUCAAGAACAGCUCGGGUGAAGAGUCGGCCUGGUACCUCGACCUGAAAAAAAAUGGCGAAGUUGGACAUGGUGCUGCCCCCGCCAACACCAAGCCCGAUGUCACCCUUUCCCUUUCAGAUGAAGAUUUCGAGAAGCUUGUAUCCGGCAAGGCCAAUGCCCAGCGCCUGUUUAUGGGAGGCAAGCUCAAGAUCAAGGGUAACAUCAUGAAAGCCACAAAGAUGGAGCCUAUCCUCAAGAAGGCUCAAGGAAAGGCCAAGCUCUAG